AUGGCGGGCGGUCACGAAAUGGUCAAGCAUGACCCUGCUAUCGAAAAAUGGAAUUCUAUGCGCGAGAACGCAUAUAAACAUUUCCGUUUCACCCCCCGGAACACGUUCAUUGCACUCGUCGGCGUUGUGAUAGUGCCGGGUGCAGUCCUAUACCUUGCCUCCCAGACGGACAAUAAGUGGAAUUUCAACGGAAAGCGGAAGGGCGAAUCGUUACGAAUCCAACCCUCGCAACAAGCAUCGUCAUAA